UGUCAAUGUUAUUGCAUGCCUGCCUUUUUGGCGAAAAGUCGGAAAAUAAAAAUUACAAUGUGAUGAAUUGAAAACAUUCAUCUUUGGCUAAUUUAUCUUUUCUAACGAUAUUUGAAAACAGCAGGCGUAUACUUUAUCACGCCUUUAUUUUAGUUUUUGUUUCGUUCCGUUAUAAUGCGGUUAAUAGCGCGAUCUACUUUUUUGAGACAAAUAUCAACUCUUUACUGCAAAACAAGUAGCAACAGAAGGCGAGAAUGUGAUAUUUUUGUAAGGGAGCAGAAGCCUAUCCUGGCGAGAAGCUCCUUUAAGCUUCUGCCGCUGGUUUGUGCGUAUUACUCGGACGAAAAGAAGAACUUGUUUCAUUUGGAAAAGAAGGCCGAGGUGCUCAAAAAUGUAUUCGAACAGAAGAAAGAACAGUUUAAGGACACAGAACAUAGGAUAAGACAGCGGAGCGAAGAGUUGGUGCGUGAUAUUAAACAUCAGAAGGAGCUGACAGGGCAAAAGCUCCGGGAGAAGAGGGAGCACUUAGUGAAGGAUAUUCUUGAAACAAAAGCCAAAGUCAGAGAAAAGUUUGGGGAAGCGGUUGAGAAAGAUAGAAUGUUCACAAUACCCAAUUUCCUGUGUGUCACCAGGAUGGCAAUUUCGCCAUAUUUGGGAUAUGUUAUUCUACAAGAUGAUUAUCACUUGGCUCUUGGUUUACUGACCUUUGCUGGAGUUACAGACCUGCUAGACGGUUGGAUCGCAAGAACAUGGGAGAGCCAGUCAUCCCGUAUGGGCUCCUUCCUUGAUCCGCUGGCAGACAAGAUCCUUGUCGCAACACUGUUUGUUACGCUCACCUGGCAGAACCUCAUCCCGCUGUCUCUGACGGUGCUGAUUGUGGCCAGAGACGUGGCCUUGGUUGUGGCUGCAUUUGUUAUUAGAUAUGUCAGCUUACCACCCCCAAGAACACUGAGCAGGUAUUUCGACGUGACGCAUCCCACGGCCCAGCUAGCUCCCACAUUCAUCAGCAAAGUCAACACUGCCAUCCAGUUACUUUUGGUGGGUACCACCCUCGCGUCCCCCGUGUUCGGGUACGUGGACCACCCGGCGCUGCACGCCUUGUGCGGCGUCACGGCCGCCUCCACCGUGCUCUCGGCCGUCAGUUAUUUAGUCAGUAAGGACACUUACAAAAUCUUGAAGAAGAAGUGAUGUCUUCCAGUGUACAACGGGAACGUGUAAUAAAAUGUAUAUAUUAGU